CAGGUCUACACGGAGUGAAUGGAUUCAGUAUAGAACUUGCCUGUCGACGUCGCGGUACGACGGACAGUCGACGGUCUUCGGGCGCGUGUAGAUUCUAUGUGUCUUGGUCAAAUACAGUCAGCUUGCAAGUUGAAAAUAAUGAUGAGCUGCAAAUGAGUUGAACAGGGCGUUCUGUCCGUCACUUAGUUGUCAACGACGAACAAAUUGCGCUUAUCCAAAGCGUCUGUGAGUGUAUUUUGUGCGAUUAUCUCGAUCUGUGCAGCUCCGUCACGACUCUAGAACAAAACGAGCAGUGCAUUUGGGUGAUUAUAGGCACCGCCAUAAGGGGCAAACCUCUCGAAAGAACGACCUACUGGGAUUGCUUGAUAGUUCCAGUUGAUCAAAUCACGGCUCAGCGCAGCGCGGCGGUACCCUUGUACUCAUCGAGGUGACCAAUCACCAAAUCAACUUGCUGGUGGAAAGUACACAACAGCUGGUCCGACCGUGAAAACCCCCUUCAAAAAUGCACAUGCACAUGUCGUUCUGGUGGGGUGCCGACGUGGGCGAUGUGUUCUUCCAGGGUCUCACGGUGAGCACGACCGGUGCGAUGGUGGCCCUCUGCGUGACCCUUACGGUGCUGUCGAUCGUGUACGAGGGACUCAAGGUCCACGGUGCCAAAGUACGCGCUCGUGCUGCCCGGGAGCGAAAACGCUCCGUUUCCUGCCCACCGAGUGAAAGCGCCACACUGCUCUCGCUGGAAGCGGCUCCCGGGGUGCUGCGGCCGCUGUCCCGUCGGUUCUGUGCCUUCUUCGCCGAGGCCACCGUGUUCCUGUUCCACAACAUGCUCGGCUAUGCACUGAUGCUGACGGUGAUGCUCUACAAUGGGUACCUGUUUGUGGCUGUGGUCGGUGGGAUGGCGUUGGGGUAUUUCUUCUUCGGGCACCUCUCGAUGAAGGUCAACAUGGAGAACGUUCAGGCUCGACGGACGAAUGUCAUCUGUACGGCUCGCUGCCUACAGGAAGCCGAAUCCUGUGCCAUGAGUCACUCAGCACCCUGUCCUUCCUCUCGUCCCAAAAAGAGUUGCUCCAAUUACCAAACUCUCUGUUCCUGAUCUUCGUAGAUUUGUAGUGUUUGCGUUCGUUUGUUCUUCCGUUACCAUGUACCCUUUCUUCAUCAUCGAAUUUCGUUUCGUUUCGCACCUUCCCCCAUGUAUAGAUUCAGUGAAUCCAUCGACUUCGUCCAGCUUGGAGCAUCACCAGCACUUCGGGUCGAACGAGCUCAACUACGACGGAUCGGAACCAUCGACCUCGACGGUGGUGGUCCAUCACCAUAAUCUUCAUCAACAGCAUGCGGCGUGCCAUUGAGGAGCAGCAUGUGACCCAGAAGCACAAGAUAUUACGUAAUCUCAGCCAUAUUUUGUUGUUGCUAGGAUAGUGUUAAACCGAACAAGCCAAAUCACACAACAACCAUGGGGGAUCAUCAAGCAGAAUAGCCGCCAUUUUUCGUAGAACGAAACAAACAAAAAGGUGUUUUCUAUAGGAUUUAUGCUGUGAUCUGCAAAAUCAUUGCGCCGGGAGCCAAUAUUCAAUCCGUAUUAAAUUUAGCGAACAAAGAAAACUAAAACUGUGAAGCCAAUCAAAGUAGUCAGUUGUUGACGUGUUGUCACGCGAACGCAUUAGAAUUUAGUUCGAUUAGGCCUCAGUCUACUAGAUCGAUUUCGUCUGGGUGCAAGGUUACUAGUUCCAGUAAGAUAUUUCUUUGUGCUAAUGUAAGUUUGAAGAUUUCUACACCUGGUGUAGCUUGCAAUCGAAAACCGUAGGUUCUUUCCAUUGUUUCAGAAUAGCUUAUUCAUCAUUUUGUUUUAAUAUACAUUUAAUAUUUUUAUUUUAACAAUUUGUGUGAUAAUAAUUUUUCUACGAAUUUACGUCCAUUUAUCCGUAUAAUUUCAGUAGGGAGAAUAAGAAAAGUAUUUUACCAAAAGGUGACCACAGUCCUCAAUGUUAAACUUGAAGUCUUCUAAGGCUUUUGCUGUACAAUUCGUUGGAAAUAAACAUAUUAUCGUAAUUACAUGGAAAAUGUACAAAA